UGAUUUUGGUAAAAAGGGCACAGAAUACGAUUACGAAACUCAGUUCUUCGGGUUUACCCCUGAAUCUUUCGUAGAUGGAGGUAGUUAAAUGUCGCAUUGCACAAACGCCAUUUUAAACUCGACAUGUCAGUGAUUCAUAAUGAACAAAGAUCUUGUGAGGUUGAUUUGCGAUCGCUGUUUUGUUCCUUACUCAUUAAUUUGACAGUUUACAAUGCUGUGAACGACUAUGUUGGUGACUGCAUUCAAGAGUUGGAAAAUGUUAUCAAAAGUGAGGUGAGAGAAGUAUAGUUAUUUUACUGCCUGAAAUAUUAAGAAACUUCCACAGUACAGCAAAAAACCCAGUACAAAACUAAUUAUUGUGGGUUUUCUUAUGGCCUUUUAUUUCCAUUUAGCCCUCAGUGUCAUGUGACGUAUCAGAGGAAACGCUUCACAGGGUCAGGCCAGCUUCACUUUCAUUUCUGAUUUUGUUAAAUCACUUAGUGAAUUGCUACAAGUUGAUGACUGUACCUCAUUACACCUUUUUACUCAUUUCAGGAGAGCGAGAAAAUGAUCAAAGGUUUUUAUAAAAGUAUUGAUGCAGCUUUUGACAGAUUUGAGGUAAUAAUAAUAGAGACUCUUAUGUCGUGGGCAAGUCAAGAAUAUUAAUAUUUGAUUUCACUCUAGCAAUCUGUGUUGUAUGUUAACAUUUCAAACUUAUGGAGGAUGUUGAUGAUUGAUGAUGAUUUUAUUCAUACAAUUUAUGAUUCUCCAGGUUUAUGUAAAAAAUAACAUCUUCAAAAUUCCUGCCAAUAUUCUUUUACCAGAAGACAAGGUUAGAAAAUCCUUUAAUAUUUUGCCAGUUAAUUUUCAUAUGAACAGGCUAAAAAUCAUUCAAUAUUGCUGUAUUGAUUUUGAUGCUUAAUGAUUGUUUUUUAUUUGUUUUUUAUUUCUCUCCUUGGUACCAAAUAUAAAGGUUAAAAUGAAACUCACCAACAACAUAACAUUCAAAUCUGUGGCUCUCUACUUAUUAAUUUUCUUUUUAUAUGACAACCAUGGUGAUGUGACAGGUAGAUAAAGUUUCAGGAGUACUGAGGUUGUGGGUUAAUGUUGAAGUUUAUUCCAUUGUCGAUAGUAAUAUCAGUUUAAUGGGAUGCAUAACAAACUGGCCUCUUGCAUGCUUUGACAUUUCUCAAAUUUGUAAGCUGGCAAGCAGAUAACAAGUUACAAUUAUUACAUGGGAUUGGAAGAGUUUUUUUUUUUUAAUAAGAGCAGCAUUUUGAGGAUUCUAUGUGUGAUGGUUAUUUACCAUGUAUCUGUUUGGUGGAGUUUUUACUGAUUGUUUUUGAGAUGUUUUGGUAAUUGUUUAGAAAUAUAUUAUCCAGCUUCUGCAGCAUAAAAUGACAAUGAGUAUUGCUGCUAAAUGUGAGAGGAGGGUAAGAAAUCACUGGUGACCCUGUGGUAGUUUCUCUAACAGCUACAGGUUACUCAUUUGUACCACUGAAAAUUAAAAUUGUCUCACCUUAGAAUAUCACAGAGCUUUCCUAAUCAGGCCCAGGAACUCAACAACUGGAUCUAGAGUUCAAUACUUAACAGUCAUGUAAAAUAGGGAAUAUCCCACUUAAGGAGUAAACAUUCAGUAAAGGUUAACUGGGCAUAAUUGUGGCCAUUUGUCACAGGUACAUCACAAACACCAAUGUACAGUAGAGGAUGAAAAGCAGAUUGAUGAAGAGCUUAAAGAACUUGAAAGAAAAAUCAGAGCAGUAAGGCGUAGCUCCUUUUCAUUGCGUGUCUAUCAACAUUAACUAUUCAUUUGUUUUUAAAAGAAUUAUUAUCUAACCUGUUCAUAUUAUACCUUCUCGUCUUUAAGGCAAAGUAUGUGAAUGCAGCUUUGAGACAGGAAGUUAAAGAUUUGGACAGUGCUCAAGAACAGGUACUGCUACUGAACAAGUUGUUGAAACUUACAUAACCAGUCUUAAAUUCUGGACAUCUUUUGAUGGUUUAGAGUGUUACUGGUGAGUUUCAGACUCUGCACUCAUUAUUGUCUUGGUAUAUUUGAAUUAUUUUGCUUUCAGCUUGACAACUUUGAAAACCACAUAGACGCUGUACAAAAGGCAUUUGAAGGCAAUGGAGGUGAUGAAGUCUACUUGUAUACAACUAUUGUGUACUAAUUAAAAAUUACAUCAAAGUGGAGGUCUGGAUUAUUUUAAAUUUGUUUCACCAUCUGACUUAAGGCCAAUGUGAAUUCAAAACAACUUUGUUGAAAGAGAUGAUUAAUUAUAUUAUAUAAUUUUGUACAAUUCCAAGGUGUAAAACAAAGCUUGACAACAACUCACGAGAAAGCAAUCAAACUCUAUGAUUUAAUAGCAGAUGGACUCCACACUGGGACUUUUCAUGUUCAGGUAGUAAAUAAUUAGAACAUUUUUAUAUAACUUACACUGGUACUCUAAAGAAACUGUGGUGCUGUGUGGGUGGGAGAGUAGAGCAGGCAAUUUAGUGUUAACAACUGAGUUGAAAACAUAAAUUGGCCACCGUAAAGAGUAAAAAAGCUGACUUUCCAGUGUUAGCCCUUUGUCAGAGCAAUUGUGGGUUGUGUGUGGGUUUACAUGCAGAAAAUGGAGCUACACUAUUAGUGGGAAUGUGGUGUUGAAAAAACAAGAAUAAAUUAGUUGACUGAAAAGUGCUCUUAGAUACGGUGGGGAUAAAGAGUGCCAAUUGGGAAGAUGAAUUUAUGUUCUGGUGUUUUGUGCCUUUCCAAACUGCCUAGAUGUAAGACUAAUAGACUCAAAUCCAUGUUAUUUUUCAGGAAAAAUCUGAUCAAAGAUCUUCAACAGAAAGCAAACAGAAAAAAAUCAAAUUAGGAUAAAUACAAUAUGCAAGCCAAUAAGUUUGCUUUAUAAAUGGUACCUGCAGUGUCCUGGGAAACCUUUAUUGAGUAGCACUCUUAUAUGGGAGAAAAUCCAUUAUGCUGGAUAUAUUAAUUGUAGAAUAGAAAAUACUGAGACUUCUUGAUUACAUCUAUAACAUGUCAAUUUCAAAAAUGACUUUUUUUGAUAGACCAGGAUCCAUGAUUAUUUUUUGUUGUUGUUGAGAAAGUCAUUUAUAAAAGCUAUGGUAUAAAAUUAAUUAAAUAAUAAUAUUUUCAUGGUAUUUUAUAUGUUCAUAUUACUCUGUACAAUUUUCAUGUUCAAGAGAAACUUAGUAAACAUACUUUUCACUAGUUAUUUUAUCAUUCUGCUGUUUCAAGAAUGUCAUUCAAGCUUUCUACAAAAGGUCUGCAAAGUAUUCUUUAUACAAUACAAUGAUUGUUAACAGAAUAAAAAAAAAGUUGAAAGAAAAAGCUAAAGUUCAGAGCUGGUUAAAAAAGUUGAAAUCAAUUAGCCAUUCAACACAUUCUGAAAAUUCUGCCCAAGCCUUGCUGUACAUACAAUGUGUAUUGUAAAGAAACUGUGGUGCUGCAUCAGUGAGAAAGUAUAACAGGAUAAGUUGGUUUUGUCAAAUCCACAAUUGUUAAGAGUUUCUAAGCUGAUGUUUUGAGUGUUAACCCUUUGUCUUAGCAUGAACCCAAUGUCCAUUUGCACUGAAACACCAGCUUAGAAGCUGUUUACAGUGGCCAAUUCACAUUAUCUCGAUAUCUCUAAUUAUUUUUUGCAUACCUUUUAACAACCUUUGUACACAAAAAGACUAAAUAUUUUUUAGCAAGGAC